CUGAUUUGAUUGUCAAAUAUUAUUAUUUAUUUACAUUUUAUUGUUUAUGUUUAGUUUUGGACAUUGGAUAAAUCAAGCUUUUGAUAUUUCUGACUUGAAAGAAGUUUGACGUUUGAUCAUGUCAAAUAAUGACAUGUAUGCUUCUGAUUUUGCUUAAUUAAUUGUCAUUAAUGAAUCUAAUAAGUCAACAGGAUAAUUUUAUAAACAUGAUAUCCUAACGAUUUAAAUUUCUCCAAAUUAGGGUAGGCAUCUGAAAGUAAUUUAAACGUGUCUAAAGCAAACUAUGCCUAAUUUCUUUUCAAAAACUAUGAAUGAUUUUGUACGCGAAUUUAGUUUGCAUAAAUACCCUUAUUUCAUAGAGGAAUUUAUUGUAUGACACAGCCGCUAAUUGGAGGGGUGGUGGAGGCAAGAUGGCAGCCACUUCCAUGCGAACACAUUCCCAUACUCCUCUACAGACUAUUAACCGUGGAAACUACUUCAUGAGACCGCUCAGAUCUUCUGUGCCAGGAAAACACAAAAGUGCAGUAGAACUGCUUCAAGAGUCAAAAUGUCUAUAUGUGAAAUCUGAGGUUGUUUUGGAUCAGCGACAGCAGUUGAAGAGUUCCAGUCCAGAUAACAUCCAUUCACCCUUUGUAAAAGUGCGAGGCUCGUCCCACCCCACCAGUGCUCAACUGAGACGUUCUUACAACUCAGCUACCUCCACCGACCAGCUUCAAGCCAAGUUGCGAAGACUGUUGAAUGCUGAUUCUAAGGAAAACUUGAUCGAGGACACCUGUGUGAAAGAAGAAGUGAGAAGGUCUCCACAGCACUACCAGAGGUCAAACUCUCACAAGCCGACUCAGCAACAUGCGAGACACAACCACAUGUGUCCAGUUCAGCACAAGUCACUGCCAGACCUACACGCAGCCACUAGCAGUGGCAGUGACUCUAGUGAACCUGCCAGCUGUGAAUACGUCCUGUACACCAACAACAGAAAAUGCAGCUCGUCCAGACAAAGCACCAAUGAUGAGAUAAGUGUUGAGUCUUCAAACAGUAGAUCAAAACCUCUGUCAAGCCAGAGAAGUUCCAAGUCAUCCCACUCAGGUAGCUGCAGACAUGGUUUGGUAUUAGCCUCCCCAGUCAAGUCCAGUGUGAGCUAUGGAGGAUCAGCCGGCAAAAUGGAAAAUAGGAGGCCUGAACCACUGUGGGACGAGACCGACCCAGAAGCAGACGACACAGCCAGACUGAGGCCUAUUCUGAGGUCAAAGUCAGAUGUUGGUCACCGCUACACCAAGCUCACCCCUCCACCCCCCACCCCAGCCAAUCUGGACACAUUCUUUGAACAGCUGGGACUGAACUCUGCUGAUUUUCAUGUGAUAUCAAAACCGAGUUCCCAGACGUCAUCACCAGUGUUCUUCUCUGACACGAGUUCCGUAGACUCGUUUUGUGCCACCAACCAGAGCUAUGGCGGGAGUGAAGGGGCUGCUGGCUCAUCGGGAGAACUGCCUUCCAUUGUCGAACGCAACGCUCGGAUCAUAAAGUGGCUUUGCAACUGUCGCAAGGCGCAGCUCUCCCUCCCAGCUAAGGGGGUCAGCUGAUCACUACAUCACGUGAUUUGCCGGCUCAGAUGUACAGGAUAAACCGUCUUUCAAAUUGUUAACUCAUCUGUGUUUAGGUAUUGUAGAUGUUAGUGAACUGUAUCUUGCAGAUAGCCUAACUCAGUUGUGUGUGUAGAGGUAUAUUCGAUUGGAGGUUGAAAGAUGUUAUUCUCUGUCAAACAGAUGUUAUUGCCGUUUUGGUCAUCUCUUUGGAUUGAAAAUGUAAUUAGUUUAACUGGAGAGAUUUGUUGUGUUUAGAAAUUUAGUGUUGAAUUUUGAAUAUUUUUUACAUCCUGUUAAUUUAAUUUGUCACAAUUUUUUAGGAUCUGAAUAAGAAAAUUCAAACGUAUUUUAAUUUGGAUAAUUUUUAAUAGAGCCUUCUGAUUAAGUAGUACCUAUUUAAACUUAUGAUGGCAUAAAAUGAAUUAAUAAAUAUAGCUAGCAGCUUAAACAGUUUAUGAAUAACUGACCUGAUCCUUACAGUGUCGCUAAAUAAUGUAAAAUAUGUUCUUUUACAUUGAAAAAGUUUUUAUUUUAAUUUUAAAUAGAGAAUGUAUUACAGUACCCUAAAUUAUCUCGGGUCCAGGUCUUACUCUGCCACCUACGGUGAUAGCUACUUCUCUAUAGGAAAAUUUACUAGAACAAAAUGUAUUUAUUGCCUGAUCAAAAUUAUUCUUUAAAACUGUGACUAAAUCUAAUACACUAAGUGAUUCUGGUAUCAUGAUAUAAAAAUAAAAAUAAACUGGUUUUGAUUUUUGAAAUACACGAACCUCAUAGCCUACAAUUAACACAUGGAACUGCAACAAUAAAACAGUGUGGCAACACAACCAAAUAAAUAUUUUUAAAUUUAAUUAAUUUUAAUUAUAGUAGUUACUCUAAAAUCUGAACAUGAAUGAAAUAAGGAAUAGGUGAGAAUAAUUAUUUAGCUCGUUAGUGAAAUGUUAAGUUACAAGUAGACUAGCAUGCUGAAUAGCUAGGCAAAGGCAAAUGAUAGUAGAGGCGGGUUAAUGUGAUAAAAUGUACGGUAGAUAUUUAAAAUGUUGUGUUAACUUCUGAAAGAUGUCUCUACUGAUAUAUUUAAUUUAUUUACUAAGUGGCGCCUUCCUUUGCUCUUCUUCAAAGGUAUAUUUUUUUGGGCUGGUUCUGGUUUAAAUUUUGUUAAUAGCUAUGAAGAACAUGUUAGAUGUAGUUUAUUUAUUGUUACCAUAACUGUAUUUUUUAACUGAAUGUGAAGUAUUCUGUUGUUGAUCCGAUUUUUGUUUAUCCCUCAAUAGGUUUUGUAUAAUUUAUAUUAUUGUUAUAUUUGUACAUUGUUAUGGUUCUAAUUUUAUAUAAUUUAUAAAAGAGAAGUAUUUAAAACUGUACAUUGUUUGUUGUCAUGUGUAAAAUGAUGAGUGUAGCAUUUUGUGGAACAUUCCAUGUAUUGGUACUUAAUUUGUUACUGAUUUUUUAACGUUUAUGUUUAGUUGGUUAGCUAAUUCAAUUUUAUCAUUAAGUAACCUCAUAUUUACAAAUUAAUUUGUAUAUAUUUACACACAAACCUACCAGACAUACUUUUAUUAUUGCAAUUUUAUACUUUUGAUUGUCUUUUGCAAGUUCUACAGUAUAUCUGCUGAUAAAACUAGUUUAAGCUGCAACCAGCGUUAAAUGACAAAAUUCGGCUGUCUCCUUCAUUUCAGUGCAAUGUUAUAAAAACUUAUUAUACCGUAUUCAUAUAGGGCCUUAGUACAAAAACAUUGUUUCAAUAGUGACAAAUUUUAAAAUAAUAUUAAGCAGCCUUGUGUGUGUGUGUAGUCAUUUUGUGAUUUUAAAUUUUAAUUAAUAACAUUUACCUUACAAGUUUUUCUUAUAAAUCAAGUAGGCCUAGUUAUUAUUAUAAUUUUGUUUUAAUAUUAAUUUGGUUUGUAGAAACUUUCUCUUAAAAAAAUUAAUAAAUAAAACUAGGCUACCAUUUAGUUGAUUUAUAAAUAAUUAAUGAAAUGCAUUGAUGUAAUAAUUUUUUUUUACAUUAUAACAUUACAAAUUAGACUAAUUUAACCUUUUGCUCAUGUUCAAUGGAAUUAAAAGUGCAAAAGGCUAAACAAUGAAUCUCUAAUCUUUGCUUUUAAAUGCAAUAUUUUUAAGAAAAUGUGUACAAUCCAGGUGAUGUGUAAAUGUAGUUCUCCUUAGAUAAAAUUAAUCCAGGAACAUAAAUAGGACUUUUAGUUAUAGUCAACUCAUCAACAUGUACCCUUCUUUCCAUUUUAGUUGUGUAAAAUAUAAAAUAUAAUUAAUCCAAGCCUUAAAACUCUAAAAUUUACUGUGAUAGAAAAAUAAAGCUGUAAAUAGAUACUCAUUAUAUUUCUCAUUUUAAUUUAUAUAUUUACUGAUGUACUGUAUUAGCAUUAGCACGUA